AUGUCCUCCAUCCCUGCGGCCCAAGCCGUUCAUUUUAAUGCAUGCCCCCCUCCUCCCUUUGUUAAUUUUGACCCACCCGCCCCCAGUCAAUCACCACCCCUCCCCCCAACAUACACGGAGCUCACGGCAGAAAGCUCUCAUGGAAGCCACUCUGUAAUUUUAAAGGAGGUCCUAACUAAAUUAGAAAUGGUGCUGCAGCAAAACGACACCAUUCUCAGAAUACUCCAGCACCAGGCUACUCCUCCAGGCUUGGAGGAAGCCAUUGACCUGCCACUUGCAGACCUCCCGCAGCUGUUGGCAAUGGAGGACAAGCUUGGCUCACCAGAGUUCCGCUGUUCACUGAAAAUGAAUUGGAGGGGGGUCAACGGCAAGACUGCCCUGGCCACCCUGCAUUUGCGCAAGGUUGUCGUCGGUGCUGUGCGUAAAAACCCGAUUAUAGGGUUUACAACCGAGGCAGAGGUGGAGGACAAGAUUAAAAGAUGGCUCCAACUGAGUGCAGACAGGGAGGGGGGUAGAAAGAGAAGGCUGCUUGCUAAGGAGGCUGUACAAAUUUUUUGA